AUGUCGGACGGGAAACGCGCCGUAGAGUCGGACAAGGUCUGGACAACCCUCAUCACCAACCUAGACUACCUCUCAGGCCUCCUCACCCUCAACCACUCCCUCGUCAAGUCCGGCUCAGCCUACCCCCUCGUCGCCCUCUACACAGACACCUUUCCCGCCGAGGGCCUCGUCGCCCUCGAGCGCCGCGGCAUCCCCGCCCAGCGCAUCGAGUACCUCCUCCCGACAAAGGGCCGCGACUACUCCAACGACCCGCGCUUCUACGACUGCUGGAGCAAGCUCUCCCCCUUCUCCCUGACGCAGUACACCCGCGUCGUCCAGCUCGACUCGGACAUGCUCGUCCUGCGCAACAUGGACGAGCUCAUGGAGCUCGAGCUCGACGACGGCGACUUCGCCGCCGAGCAGACCCCCGGCGCUGCCAUCGGCGGCAGUCCCCCCAAGAGCCCGACGCUCGAUGACCUGGCCGUCAAGAACCCGAGCACCCGCGUCUUCGCCGCCGGCCACGCGUGCGUGUGUAACCCGCUCAAGAAGCCGCACUACCCAUCCGACUGGACGCCCGAGAACUGCGCCUUUAGCACACAGCACAACGACCCGGAGACGGCGCAGCACACGGGCCCGGACCCCGUCACGGCGUCGCCGCUGGGCUUCAUGAACGGCGGGCUGCAGGUCGUGAACCCGUCCGAGGCGCUGUUCCGGCAAAUUGUGAAGCACAUGGAGCAAGGGGCCAUGGACAUGGAUUUCGCGGACCAAAGCCUGCUGUCGGAUCUGUACCGGGGGCGGUGGGUGGCGCUGCCGUACGUGUACAAUGCGCUCAAGACGCUGCGGUGGGAGGGCGUGCACGGGGAGAUUUGGCGGGACGAGGAGGUGAAGAAUAUUCACUACAUUUUGGCGCCCAAGCCGUGGGAUGAGAUUGAUGCCGUGACGGGGGAGUGGACGGGGACGGAGGAGAGUCAUCGGUGGUGGGUUGAUUUUAACCGGGAGAGGAAGGCGAUUGAGGUCGCGAGGGGGGUUGAUGACAAGUUUUGA